CUCCUGUUUAUCUACCGCCGCCUCCAUCUCCCCCUCCCCUCCUGUCUCCUUCUCUUCCCCAUCCCCACCCUUUCAUCAUUUGCACCACCACCAAAAUACGUGCCCCUUUGGUAGAGUCGAAGCUCCCCGCUGAAGCGAGGGGGAGGGCGAUACCCAUCCCCCCUCUCCCAUCUCUGCCUAGGCUCCGGGUUUUACUGCAGCAAUCGGAGGUGACAGCGCCACCUCGGUCUCCUCCGUAGCUCUCAGAGCCCCUGCUUCCCCCAGUAACGGGGAAAGCGCCCCCUCUUGAGAAGCUAAUUUCUGAAGAAGUGCGAACAGGCUACAGGGGAAAAAAAAGAUUUUGAAAAUGUAGAAGUCACCGGGAUGCAGUCUUCCUCGGAGAAGAGCCCAAUCUCCCAGAACUGAGUAUCAGCGCAUAGGAAGUUGGGACCUUAGAGCGAAGGGGGAGGGGAGUGGUGCAGCCCGCAUUCUCUUCUGGAAGGAGUCGCUGCAAGCCCUGCGGUUGGACAUAAGUUUGCGUAAGAGUGUUUUCCUUUUGUCAAUUAUUAAUCACCGGAAUCAGUUUGGCAGAACUGGAGUUUUAGCAGUAGUGCAGAGGGCGGGGCCCGAACACCUAACUCUGGGAGCCUCGGCUGCGCCCAGCACAGUGGCAAGCUAACAGAAGCUGGGGAGAGGCCAGAGCAUCUAAGCUCACUCAGCAAAAGAUGAAGAAAUAGAGCCCAAGGAAGAGAGAUAACCUACAUCAGAUCAUUCCGAGGAAAAGCGUCACCGUGCACCAAACCUAGACCCUCCAGGACAGGUGACUUUCACCACUCCCAUCCGUGUUGGACUGGCACCUUUAGAAAUCUUUUAGAAACAUGACCUUUCUCGCAGACUUUCCACAGCUUGAGGAAGAGCCAUGGAUUUCAAGCGUGUGAAGGAGUAUUUUGCCUGGCUCUACUAUCAAUACCAAAUCAUUACCUGCUGUGCUGUCAUGGAGCCUUGGGAACAAUCCAUGCUCAACACCAUCAUACUAACCAUUGUUGCUAUGGUGGUAUACACUGCCUAUGUCUUCAUCCCCAUCCACAUCCGGCUGGCUUGGGAAUUUUUCUCCAAAAUAUGUGGAUAUGACAGUUCAAUAUCUAACUGAUAUCAUCGGAAUUCUGUGAAAUGGCGUAAUGUAUUCACAUUGCUUACAACUUACUGACUUGGGUGACUGUGUUAUCGUUCACCUGUGACCUGACCAGCACUCUUUCUAUGCACUGUCACACACAUCCUGCCUGGAGUACAAGAUAGGUGUCUUCCCGCUUGCUUUUGUACAUGCAGCAUUGUGCAUCAGAUGAUAGGAAAGGCCAGGAGUUUAACCCCAUAGCCCACAUUUGCUCAACUCAACUCUGUGGCUGUAGAUUUCUUUUGAAAUCCGGAUGCUUUGAAAUAAAACUUUUCUGGAAGAUAGGCUUAUAAGAGACAUGAUGGAGUCAUAUUUACACUACUCUUUUCAUAUUAUUCCACACGAAAGGAUAUGUUACAAAAGUAUUCUUCAUAGGCUACUGUCAAAAGUACCCUGCACUUGUUUACAAUUUAUUAAGAGAUGGGAAUAAAAUAGAUGAACCUGUAAAGUCUUAUUUUCUGGUAGAUAGCUAACACCUAAAAUUCAUUUUUUUCUUCCUUUUUAAAUUUUCAUUUUCUUUGCUUUACCUAAAAUUCUUUACUUUACAGUAAUAGGCCAGAGACAAUUGUCCUCUUUCGGAUUUUGUUUCAGCAAUGUUUCAAAUGCUCCUGAAAUCUGGCUUUAUCACAGCUUUAAAGGAAUGUUGAUUUUCAGGUAAACAAACAACUACUGUACUAGAGAAUAAUUUAAGUUUCAGAAACAAACAUAAUCAAAGCGAAUUCGCGUAUUGUGACUCUUGACCAUGGCCCACCUUCCACGAUGCUGGAGACAAAAGAAGAGAGAUCGUUGUUUUGCUGUGCGUUCGGUGAGAGGAAGGAAAACUGCACGUCCUGGACCACAGGAAGAAAGGCUGAUAAAUAGACUGGAAGUAAUAGCCAAGCAGCAGGAAGUCAACAGCUCCAGUUAAAGGCUUUGAUACAGCAGCACCUUUGCACAGCAGAAACAAGAUAUAUUAAAUUUCUCUCAAAAUGGUUAUCUUCAAAGUAAACGUAAGAGUUUAAUUAUAGUGCUGAGUCGAACAUACAAGCCAAAGACCAAGCCUUGCAGCUUUUCUUUCCUCCCAGUAAAGAUUAACAUUAGUGAUUCUGGAGGGUGAAAAAAUAAAUAAUAAACAGGUUUUGGACAACAUUGGCACCUUUGUUUUAGGAGGAAAAUAUUCCAAGGAGUCAUACAAAGAAAGAUAUUUGGCAUGCAAAAUCAGCCUGCAUGUCUGUUUAAAAAACAAAAUGUACAUUUUAAACAGAAACCAGAUAUGAAAUAUAUACUUGUUGAUUUUUGCAAAAUAAAAUUAAGUUUACUUUUAUAAGCAAA